GCGCUCGUCGAUCGUAGUCGUUGCGCGUUGUGUGUGUGCCAAUUCCGAGACCUCGUUCCAUCAUUCCCACUAACAAGUGUAAUUAGAUCACUUUUCUCUACUGUAUUUCCUUUCACAAAUUAUCGAGGAGCGGCUAAUCUCAGAAUCCGCGCAGACGUGUAUUUACACAUUUCGGCGUUCAAACACAAUAUCGCGGUAUACCGAUGUUGAAUCGUAAAUGUAAUCCAAACUUGUAAUCUUCGUAAAACGAGACAAUAUAACGUCGUUUUAGAAAAUUAUAUAAAAGUACUUUUGGUGCAAAUGGUGUCACGUAAGUGCAAAAAUAUUUAAAUAUCGGUAAAUAUUUGAAGAUCGAUAAAGAUUUACGUUUAUGGAUACACGACGUGUAUCCGCGAACGUUACAUUGCUGCAGGCCCGUGGAUUAGUCAUGAGUGAAUUUUGCAAAAAUUAAAAGACUCACGUUGUCGACGUUAUAGCCGAUACUAACCAGAUAAGAUAAAAAGUCAAACGGCACGUUUGUGCGAGCAGUGGGACUCAUUAUCGGCCACCUCGUCCAUCGGCAAGUGAAAUUCCCCGGUUGUGCAAGGAAGUAGGUCGCGAACACACGUUAAUGUGAAACAAGACCAGUGCCCGUGAGACAUUCUUUCGAAAGUUUUUCGAUAUGCAGAUUUAAUGUGAGAGAUCAAGGUUCAAGGCGGCAAUUAUUAACUUGCUUAAUUUUGCAGACCUAAAGCAAUUAUUACUAAAGUCCAUCGAAUGCGCACGGAGUACGGGGGGGUAACAAUCGCGAGUAGUCGUGUCCUUGGCUUUAUUAUUUGCAUGUCAUACGACAAGUAAGGUAGGGACGAUAUCACCACGUGUAUAUACUGAGAAUUAUGCUACGGUUGAUUGAUCAGGCACGCCGUCGUUAUUCUCCUCGCCGUGCGUACGAACCGCGAGUCCGUCCGCCACGAGAGAUGGUCCGCAAAUACCAAGAACGAUUAUUAUUGCGAAAAAAAGAAAGCGCAUAAUUUACUCUGCCGUGCAUUCAAAAGCUGCGCGCGGCGCGAGGACGUGAGAUCGCCAGCAGCUGAAUGUUAUUUGAAAUCGAUACGUUUCGGAGCAAAUCGUGAAAUAUUCGCCGACAGCGGCGUGGUGCGUUUGAAAAGACUUUAUAGCACGGGAGCUCAGCGGGGACAUUCAUUGGUCAAAGGGAACAAUAAUGCAAGAGCGCUCGACUGUAACUUGGAGCAGGCGGUUAUGCGGAAGUAAGAUCGGGCCGUCUCAAUUGAUGACGUAAGAAGUAGAACGCGCGUGGCAAAAUUAAAGGAGAUGUCUCUCGGAUGAUGGAAAUGGUGAAGGAAAAGCCGCGCAGACGAAGUGUGAGCGAGCUGCUCGAUUGGAGAUGUCUGGCUGAGUGCAAAGGCACCGUCGCCGGGGACGAAAGCGACAGCACGGGCAAACUCUUGCUGGAGGACCGUAACGGAGAACCGGAAACACGCAGGCGGAGACGAUCCGGUACUUGGCCGAGAACAAGAAGUUUAAACGCACCCAGUCCCGUUCAACACUUCGGGCGAUGUGGGCGUAUCAUGAAAAAUUCUGCGAUGGUUAUGACGAUUCAGGACCCGGCCUCCCAGAGGUUGACGUGGUACAAACCACCGCUCUCUGUCCUGGUCAUCAAAAAGGUCCGCGACUCGUCAGUCUUACCACCGUUUGUUCAGUUGGUCACAUGGCUGAUAGAGGAAAAGCGAAUGGUUGUCUUUGUGGAGGCGUCUGUCCUGGAAGAUCCAGCUCUCGCCAGAGAUCCUAGGUUUCAAAGUGUUCGAGACAGGUUACAAACCUUCAGGGAUGGCACAGAUGAUUUACAGGAUAAAAUUGAUUUUAUCGUUUGCUUGGGAGGCGACGGCACACUUCUUUAUGCCAGUCUGUUGUUCCAGCAAUCAGUGCCGCCUGUAAUGGCAUUUCACCUUGGUUCCUUAGGAUUUCUCACACCGUUUGAAUUUGACAAUUUUCAGGAACAAGUGACUAAUGUUCUCGAAGGUAAUGCAGCUUUAACUUUAAGGAGUCGUCUGAGAUGCCUCAUUACGCGCAAGAAUGACGACAAUCGGCCGGUUCAGCCACCGACGAAUCUCUUAGUACUGAAUGAAGUUGUAGUGGAUCGAGGGCCAUCGCCUUAUCUUUCAAAUAUCGACCUAUUCAUUGAUGGCAAGCACGUGACGAGCGUUCAGGGUGACGGUUUGAUUGUAAGCACGCCGACUGGAUCGACUGCUUAUGCUGUCGCUGCUGGAGCCAGCAUGAUUCAUCCUUCAGUUCCUGCCAUCAUGAUCACACCGAUCUGCCCUCACUCUCUGUCCUUCAGGCCGAUCGUCGUACCUGCCGGAGUCGAGCUCAAGAUCUCAGUUUCACCCGACAGCAGAAAUACCUCGUGGGUGUCCUUUGACGGCAGAAAUAGGCAGGAGCUUUACCACGGCGACAGUCUGAAGGUAACCACUUCCAUAUACCCGGUGCCUAGCAUUUGCGCAGCCGAUCAAAUCACCGACUGGUUCGACUCCUUGGCCGAAUGCCUUCACUGGAACGUGAGGAAGCGGCAGAAGCAUCUGGAUGAGUUAAGUGACCUCGCGCAUUCAUCCAGCAACGAUACUCUAGACUCCCUCGACCGAGAUAGCUAGAUCAAGAGAAAUGCUCACUUAUAGACUGUGUAACUUAAAGACAAUAUUUGACCAAAAUGUAAUUUGACUGAGAAACCGACGAACCAAAACUAAAAUCAAUCGCCCGGCUUUUCUAAAUCUCGCCUUCAUCAAUGUGAAAAACUUUUCUAACGGAAUCUUGUUGAAUAUAAUGAAUAAAAAAUCGGUUAAAAAACUGAUUGUUAGGAAAGAUGCGCUCUAUGAGAUCGUCCUUUAGGAUACAUCUGUGUGUACGGCUAAAGAUAAAUUUAGAUUACAAGCUUAAUUUAGAUUACAAAAGUAAAACUUGGAUUACGAUUGUAUAAAAAUUUUCCUAGUAAUAAAAUGCAUUUAUCUUCGGAGAGAAUAUUGCAUUGAAAGCAAAAUAUUUAAUUUGUCAUAAAGAAGUGAUGUACUAUUAAUAAUCUAAACGUGCGCGCAUACAACACAUUUAUUGAUAGUCUUGGUCUGUAAAAUGACCUACGAUUUACUUGAAUACAUAAGAAUUGUUUUAUAUUUUAUCGAUAUCGCGCUUCUUACAGAUAUUUUUAUUUCUUAAUAUUCCUUAGUUGUUUGAUUCAAAUAUGGCAUAAUUAUUCUUGCUUUUUUACCGAUUAUAACUGCAUUUGAUCUGAUGUAUAAAUCAUAUUUGUUGUAAAUAUUGAAUUUUCUUAUAAAACAGAAUACUUUAAUAAAAUAUGUUUUGUAUAAA